AAAGAUUUGACCUUCACUUUGAUGAUAGAAAGCGAAAGUAGACGUACAACGUGCUUGCUCCGGAACGAGGAGUUCAAGUUAUGUGUUACUUGCAUCAGCUUUACUUUAGAAGAUGAAUGGAGAUUUAUGUUUUAAAAUAGUCUAAAGGAUAAGAUGCAAAGAAGCCUUUUUGCAAGGUGUGUCGUAUUUUCGUUCGGCAAUGGUUGUUUCCGAUCUGUUCCUUGUGUUGGUCAUAUUCUAAACUACACCUGUUUCACUAGAUUUUCCACAGAUGUAACGAAACAUAAAUACUGGACUUUGCUGUCUAAACUUCAGUUAGGUCCUCAUCAGCCAUUCAAACGACUAGUACGUUGGUCCUCGGCAAAUGCUAACACUGGAAGCAUAGGAGCGGGGGAGACGGAAAAACUGUCCAUUCUCCAGCGGUUUAAAAAAACAUACAAAGAGCAUGGCAAGGUGCUGGUAGGAGUCCACGUUGUCACAUCGUUGAUGUGGUAUGGCUCCUUCUACUUAACUCUGUCAAGUGGUUUUGACUUCCCUGGAUAUUUAGAGACUGUCAACUGGAAUGAGAGUGUUGUGAAACCAUUAAACUACAUAGGCAUAGAAGUAAGUUUAGAGAGGAUAGAGAAAUUUGUUCAGGUUCUAAAGACUUCUGGAAACUAUGCAGGGGCGUAUCUGAUGUAUAAGAUUGCAACCCCUGCUAGGUAUACUGUGACAAUUGGGGGAACAAAUCUGGCAAUCAAACGUUUAAAAAAAUCCGGGAAAAUACCCACUGUGAAGGACGCUGACAGACUGGGGCAUCUGAUGAAGGAGUCCCGGGUGGAGAUCGGGGCCCAGAUGAAGAAAAGUGUGGCACACGGCAAGAAAAGGUUUAGCACACUGAAGGCACGAAGACUAGGCAAUAAAAGGGAGGGCAAGCUGUUAGUGAAAGCCCAACAGUUCUACAUGAAGAAAAACGGGACAAAGAAUGGUGUAGCACAGAGACCGGACAAGUGGCUGACAAAAGCCCGAGAGUAUUACAAAAACAGGAAAACACAGAAAAAGAGGCCCAUCUAGACAAACAGUCAAACUUAAGCAUACAAGAAAAGCUUUUCAAACAUGGUGGGGUUUUUUGGGUCUGACAUUUAAUUUCAGUGCAUGUUACAAAUGUCAAGUGUCCAUUCUCAGUUUGCUGAAUGCUUUUGCUGUAGCUAGUUCUUACAUCAGUGUUUCAAAUAUAAAUGAUUAAUUUUACCAUGAUAAUGUCAAUCUACAUUACAUUUAUAUCAAUUUUUCAUACUUAAUCACGAAUCAUUUGCAGAACUUACAUUUUUACCAAUAUGAUUAAUAAAAUUGUAUCCAAUACAAGGUAAUGUACAAUUUUAUGUAUUUUUUAAUGAAAUUAAAAAAAAAUCAAAUAAGCUUUAAAAGCAUGAUAAAAUCCUAAAUGUACAAUAAGAUAUAAUUGAUUUUUGUUAUACUGUUAAAGAAUAAUCUUAUAAAUUAUGCAACCUCUCGACAUCAACUAUAAGUUUUAUAGAUGUAUUUAUGUGUAGGACAACAUGUAGUGAGUAUUUUGAAUCAUAAUGAUAACUUUAAUUGCAUAUAAUGACUGUCACUUUAGCAAAUAAUAUUGGUGUAUUUUUUGAAUUGUUUUCCAUUAUUCUUGGAAUAAUUUGAUCAUGCAUUGAAUAAAGAUUUAUCCUGAUUGAA